CACCGCAUCAAGCGAUGUAGCGUUCAACUCUGACUAGAGGUAUACUAUUUGGCUUAGAUUUAAAGCGUUAAAUACUAUUUUUUGCAAAUACCGGGACGUCUAAACAAACGGUGGUAUGAUAUUUUUUUAAGAGCGUGGUUUGUUACGUCACUAGCAGAGCGAUGCUUCACGGUUAUGGCUAUUAGCUUGAAUGCUAACGUUGCCAAAUAACGGCGACGUCAUGCCACAGGAACCCUCCAAUGCAUUUAGGAGUAGAAGCUGCUGCUUUUCUUACUUCUCCAUUUCCACCCCACGGGAAAGUUGAUGCAACCUUCUUUUUUAGCAUUAGUUAGUUUUCAAAUUUAGUACCAAAAAGCAAAUUUGCUGUGUUGCCUUUCACUGUUUGGAAGAAUGGGGAUGUGUUUACCGUGCCUUGGUGGAGCAGUCGACGACACUGUUGACACUCCAGAUCAAGAGACGAGGAGGCGACAGUUGGCUGAGGCGGCAGAGAAAAGACAAAAAGAGACGGCAAACAGAGGCGUCAAAAACCCAGAAGCGGUUGAAAGGAAAAGAAAAAAACAAGAAGAAAUUGAAAAACAGACGAUGAGCACGUCAGUGUCUGGCGGCGGGUUGAGGUGGCAGGUGGGCUGAAAACAAUACAAAAGGUCCAAAACAACAAAGGAUUGCUGCAGGAUGUUUGGAACUGCUGUCCACAUUAUUAUUAUUAUUAUUUAUAGUUUUUUGUGAUGAUUUGCCUGUUUUCAUGAUAGUUUAACACAAACAGCUCCAGGUGCUUAAUGCUGAUCAACGUAGAUGUGAUUGGAGCAGCGGCACCCAAACUUGCAGUCUUGUUGCCAAGGUCACCUCGGCCAGUUAAAGUGAUGCUGGUGGGUCACAGUGUGUGUUAUGAAGAACACAAUCACCAUGCAGUCACUAUUUAACACUAAUGGUCCAAUUUCAUGUGACUUUUUCAAACACAGUCUGCACUCACUGCAGUUAAAAUCCAAGAAAAUAAUGCAGUUAAGAUUUUUUUUGUGAAAUUCAUGUCAUGCGCAAGAUUGCGAGUGACUAUUUUCAUAACCGUUGUGUAUACUUGCCCAUUUUUAACAGCAAUGCUAACAACAGAAUGACUUCUAUCAUUUUAAACACUACAUUUCUAUCUUUGACUUAGAGCACAGUUUCACUUUGUUACAGUGACUUUUAUGGAUGCUUAAUUUAAAUAUGAUCAGCGUUGCCAUAUGUAAGCACUUAAUAAUAAUACAGAAACUACAAUGUAUUGGGAGGCAUUAAGGAAUAUAGUGAGAAACUGAAGGACUAAUAAAUUAUUUAACCUUGACUAAGCUAAGUGUACUUGAUCUGUAAGUGCUUUGGUUGCAAAGAUAAUCAUGCCAAUGUUAUUUGCUACAAUAAAUCACAUUUCUGGUAUGACUGGAUUUUGUGAGUUUUGUGUUUGCAGAUGCAGCCCUCAUACCUGUGUUUUCUUUAGGGAAUUAUUGACAAAGCAACACAAAGAAUGAGAACGUUUUGCCAGUUCGCCUUUAGAGGGCAGCAAAGUAAAACAAAUGAACCCCAUAAAGAAAACUUGACUCCAUAUUACAUUCAGAUUCAAUGUGGUAUGUUGCAUUUAAACAGUUCAGUUACACUUUUAUGACACGUACAGUAUGUAAAGGACCUCAAACAAUGCACAACGAUGAGCCAAUUCAAGAAACAAUACAAGCAGUUGAUGUUUGCUAAACACAAGGAUGAAGAGUCUUGAACCAGUCAUGAUGUGCUAUAUAUAUCACUAUAUUGACACUUACUAUGGUACACAUUAUGUCAUUGGAUGGUCAGAUCACCUCCUACUUCGAUACAAGGUGCAUUAUUAAAAAACAAAACAAAAAAAAAACCUUAAACUGUAUUAUGGAAAGCAGGAAGUGAACAAAUGUAACAGUUACUGAUUGUAAAAGUACCAGAUGGAGGGG